AUGGCCGGCCGUGAAGGCUGCUGGGAUCAGCAGCAGCAGAAAAAAGCAGCGGUAGCAGUAGCAGCAGCAGCAGCAGCAAAAGCAGCAGCAGAACCAGCAUCAGCAGUAGGAGCAGCAGCACUAUUAUCAGUUGCAGUAGAAGCGAGAACGGCAGGAGCAGCAAACGCCGCAGUACUAGUAGAAGCAGCAGUAGCAGCAGCAACAGUAGCAGCAACAGCAGCAGCACGAGCAGCAGCAGAGCAGCAGCAGCAGCAGCAGGAGAAGCAGCACCAGCAGCACCACCAGCAACAACACCAGCAGCAGCAGCAGCAGCAGCAGGAGCAGCAGCAGCAGCAGCACGCACUGCUAUUUUGGCUAUCGUGCCCUGCUACGCAGAAGGCAGCCACAGACUGUGCAUUGGGAGGCUCUGCUGCUGCCGCCGCGCCAGCAGCAGCAGCAGCAGCAGCAGGAGCAGCAGCUGCGGCAGCUGCAGCCUUGCUGCGGUGCUUCUUCGUGGUCUUGGUGGAUUCUCCGGCGCUGCUCAUCCCCAUGAUCCUGCUGCUGCUGCUGUUGCUGCUGUCAAGCUGA